GAGCUGUACUUCCUGUCAGUGACAUUAAGAGAGGAAGUGACUUGUGGGCUCGGGAGCCGGAUCGUGCUGGAGGGAGAACCGUGGGCCGGCAUCAGGACCAAGAUCAGGAUCGGAACUGGGAUCACUCAGAACACCUCCAUGGUCAUGACAGCGUACCAGGAAUUCAUUCAACAGAAUGAAGAGCGUGAUGGUGUUCGGUUCAGCUGGAAUGUGUGGCCAUCCAGUCGACUCGAAGCUACGCGCAUGGUGGUUCCUUUGGCUUGUCUCUUUACUCCUUUAAAAGAACGUCCAGAUCUGCCACCAAUACAGUAUGAACCUGUGCUGUGCAGCAGGGCUACCUGCAGGGCUGUCCUUAAUCCGUUAUGUCAAGUGGACUACAGAGCAAAACUAUGGGCGUGCAAUUUUUGUUUCCAGAGGAACCAGUUUUCACCAUCUUACUCAGGCAUUUCUGAAGUAAAUCAGCCAGCUGAACUAUUGCCGCAGUUUUCAACUAUUGAAUAUGUUGUCCAGCGAGGUACGCCUGUCCCACUCAUCUUCCUCUAUGUGGUGGACACUUGUCUGGAGGAAGAUGAUCUUCAGGCACUCAAGGAAUCCCUACAGAUGUCCCUGAGUCUGCUCCCACCUAAUGCCCUGGUUGGUUUGAUUACAUUUGGUCGAAUGGUGCAGGUCCACGAACUGAACUGUGAGGGGAUUUCCAAAAGCUACGUCUUCAGGGGCACAAAGGAUCUGACAGCAAAACAAAUUCAGGAUAUGUUGGGUCUCACAAAGCCAUCUGCAACAGUUCAAGGAAGGACCCCUCAACCACAGGAGCAUCCUGGCAUAUCCAGCAGAUUCUUGCAGCCUGUUCACAAGAUUGACAUGAAUUUGACAGACCUGCUUGGAGAACUUCAGAGGGACCCAUGGCCUGUAUCUCAGGGAAAAAGACCUUUGCGUUCUAGUGGUGUGGCCCUAUCCAUAGCUGUUGGCUUGCUGGAGGGUAGUUUUCCGAACACUGGAGCUAGAAUAAUGUUGUUCACUGGAGGACCACCUACCCAGGGGCCUGGCAUGGUGGUGGGGGAUGAGCUGAAAAUGCCCAUUCGCUCCUGGCAUGAUAUAGAAAAGGACAAUGCCCGAUUCCUGAAGAAAGCAACCAAGCACUACGAGGCUCUGGCGAACUGUGCAGCUGUAAAUGGACAUUGCAUUGACAUCUAUGCUUGCGCCCUGGAUCAGACUGGUCUUUUGGAAUUGAAGUGUUGCUGCAACCUGACUGGAGGUUACAUUGUGAUGGGGGACUCCUUCAACACUUCCCUCUUCAAGCAAACAUUCCAAAGGGUUUUCAGUAAAGGCUUGCAGGGGGAUUUCAGAAUGGCAUUUGGUGCCACUUUAGAGAUUAAGACAACCAGAGAACUGAAGAUUGCUGGUGCAAUUGGGACCUGUGUAUCUCUGAACUCCAAAGGCCCUUCUGUGUCUGAAAAUGAGCUGGGUAUAGGUGGUACAUGCCAGUGGAAAGUUUGCAGUUUGGAUCCCUGCACUACACUGGGAAUCUACCUUGAAGUAGUAAAUCAGCAUAAUGCACCAAUUCCUCAGGGUGGACGUGGUGCUAUUCAGUUUGUCACCCAUUACCAGCAUUCCAGCGGUCAGAGACGCAUCCGAGUUACUACAGUAGCCAGAAACUGGGCAGAUGCACAAAGUCAACUCCAGCAGAUAGAAGCUGCAUUUGAUCAGGAAGCAUCAGCUGUGCUGAUGGCAAGACUGGGAGUUUUUAGGGCUGAAUCCGAGGAAGGCCCUGACGUACUUCGUUGGUUGGACAGGCAACUAAUCCGACUGUGUCAAAAGUUUGGCCAGUUCCACAAAGAUGAUCCUAACUCCUUCAGACUUUCAGAAACAUUCUCCCUUUAUCCACAGUUUAUGUUCCACCUGAGAAGGUCCCCUUUUCUUCAAGUUUUCAAUAAUAGCCCUGAUGAGUCGUCCUACUACCGCCAUCAUUUCAUGCGACAAGAUCUAACACAGUCUCUCAUCAUGAUUCAGCCUAUUCUCUAUUCUUAUUCUUUCUAUGGACCACCUGAGCCAGUGCUUUUAGACAGUAGCAGCAUCUUACCAGACCGAAUACUCCUCAUGGACACUUUCUUCCAGAUUGUUAUCUAUCAUGGAGAGACUAUAGCUCAGUGGCGGCAGGCUGGAUAUCAAGAUAUGCAGGAAUAUGAGAACUUCAAACAGCUUCUGCAAGCUCCCCUGGAUGACGCACAGGAAAUCCUUCAGACUCGUUUUCCAAUGCCUCGUUAUGUUGACACAGAACAUGGUCGAAGUCAGGCUCGAUUCCUUCUAUCAAAAGUGAACCCAUCACAAACGUAUAAUAACUUGUAUGCAUGGGGACAGGAAUCUGGAGCACCUAUCUUGACUGAUGAUGUCAGUCUCCAAGUUUUCAUGGAUCAUCUAAAAAAGCUAGCAGUGUCGAGUGCAUCAUGAAUCCAUCUAACAAUGGAAGACCACAAAAAAAUUGCUGGAAAAUAUUGAAUGUUACAUAGAUUCUUUAUUCUGGUUUAUAACAGCCUAGUUACAUUCAUGUCUCAUCUUGCUUAUGUUUGGUUUGCUUGGUACUUGAUUGUGUUUAAUUAUUUGAUCUGACUCAUUCCCAAAAUCACUGCAUUCUUAGAGAAACUUUGUUUUCUAUUAACGUUAUGUUCCUCUUUAAUUUAUCAUUCCAUCAAAUGUCUUUUAUAUAAAUGCAAGGGCUAGUAAUAAAGAUGUUAAGUACAUUGCUUAUCUGUCUAAAUUACUUUAAAAUUAUUUACAUGGGGUUUUUUUUUAGCCUGCUUUGAAAUGAUGUUAUUUUAGAGUGCCUGUUUCUGAAAAGUAACCGGAAACGUAUACAGAAGGAAUAUUAAACUAGAAAACUAUCUUGUUGCAGAAUUAUUCACUGUAAAGUCUCCAAUAUUUGAGAAGUAAUUUGUGGGUAUAAUUGUACAUUAUAAUUAAUGUAAUAAUUAUAAUUAUCUUUAACUUAAACUGUAUUUGAUUUUUCCUUUGGCCUACCUGUGUAGACCUUUUAUUAAGCUUUUACUUUGACCUGUCUGUGUAAAUGGUUUUGAUUCUGACUUCUCAAACCUGAAUUAAAUAAACAGCGAUUCAUUUCAGUUCUAAGGCAGGAUUAACAAAAGGGAAGUAUAUUUGAUAGCUGAAAUGAAGAAAUAUAUAACUGAAAUGGCUGAUAAAAUCUU